AUAUGCUUAAUAUCAUAUGACUUAAACUUAUCUUCCUAUUUGGUUUCUUAUCAUGGACUGUGUGGAGCAGCUUUGUGAUGGAAUGGUUUUCAACCAUGAGCCACCUACAUGUGUUGAAUGCCUGGACUGCGGGGGUCCAGCACACUGUGGAAUUGAAUGCAGUGCGCUUGCAGGAAGCAAUGUUUUAGGUUACCCAGUAUGCACUGCCAUUGGUCAUGUCUCAAAAAUGAAUGUCGAUAUAAUUGAUAAAAACAAUCCUCGCAAGGGUGUCAUUGUUAGAAUGUCAAGUGCCAGCCAAAAGAAUAAUUGUUCUCUCUCUGUUUCAGUCAUUUGUGAUUCAAACGGAGUUCAAGGGCCAGAUUCAAUGGAGAUAUUAGGGAACUGCAAUUAUGCCACAAUGAUGCGGCAUCCUUCUGGUUGUGCAACAAUCAUACAUGUUCAUGGGAAAGGAUGGGGCUGGUUUGGUACUCUUCUAACAGUUUUCUUCUGUGUCUUCGGAGCCUAUCUGCUGGCUGGUACAGUCUAUCGAUUUUUCAUCCUUGGAGUUCGUGGUAUAGAUGUAUGUUUCUCUCUGAAGUUUCCUUCUAAGUUGUUUUCUUUUGACCCUUCCAAUUAUGUGUUUCUUGUAGAGAAAUUCAGUUUUGCUUUGUUUAAUAUUUCCUUGAUUCACAAUUUUAAGUAUAGGCUAUUGAUGGAGUAGUUAUAGGACAUGAGGAAGUGAUUCUUAUGUUAGAUGGAGUUUUAUACCUCUAGAACUCAAUAUUGCACUGUGGAAGCUAAAAUAUAGACAGGGCAGACAG